GUGCAGCUAGCUCUCUCCUAUCUCUCCGCCCACCUUCCUCGCUUUCCUCAUCUCCUACAGCAGCAACAGCUGCAACGCGAUGACUUGUCCCUGAACUUAUACUGAGGAAUGAUGUCGCUCCAACUUUGCCUGGCACAGAAAGUCAAAUUGCAUCCAAGUAUCUGUUCUCAAGGCUGUAGUCCCACCUAUCCAUCACCACCUCUGCAUCACACAGGGCCCAAUAGGAGCCUGGCGCUGUAUCAGCAAGUUUUGUUCCCGUCUCUCCUGGUGAAUCAUCAACCAACCCCAUUUGCCACAGUUUUAUUUACUAAAGUUAAGAUAAAACCUACCAUAUGAGCUCAUAGUGAGGUUGUUUGUCCCUGUUAUUGAUUGAAUUGUCUCUGUUUUAUCAGAAUUUACUGCAUAUUCUACAUAUUAAUGCAUGUACGUAUGUGUGCCUGCAUUGCUUGGACAUGGUAGAUUAAAAAAACAAAACAAAACAAAACUAGCCACCCCCCAAAAAUAUAUUUGACAACAUGGUAAAACUGGAAUUUCUGUUUUUGGUGUGGGACCCCAGUAUUUUUAGUGGCCCUCUAUGAAAAAAUUCUGGAGGUGCCUCUGCAUGAGACUCCAUCAGUCCCGCAAAUAUGACGAUUGGCUACAUUUGUAAAACAGACUGUUUUGUACCACUGUGUUUAGUCACUGUAACAUUAAAACACACUCUACUGCCAUGAGAUCAAUACAUUUCUUCUAAAAAUUGUAUUUUUUUGUUUGUUUCUCUUGUUGUAACCUUACAUUAACUCUCAAGAUAUAAACUUAGACAAUUCUCUUAUGGAAAGCAUCUUGAAGUGGUUAGCAAAGGGGUUUACUGAAAGGUUCAAAUUCCCAGGUUGGCUGAGACCUUUCUGGAGGUUUGGAGUUUAGAUGUUCUCCCUGUGCCCUCGUGGGAUCUCUUCUGUUACUCCAGCUUCCUCAAACAGUCCAAAGACAUGCAUGUUAGGUUAGCUGGUGAUUUUAAAGCAGCUGGAUGUAAGGUAUAUGGAGAGUGCAGAGCAAAUCUUUGUCAUGCCAAGAAGAAGCCAUAUGUGAACAUAUCAUUGUGUUACAGCAGCGGGAUAAAGAAUAAAAAUAGUGCAGUCUACCGGUGGGCGGUAAUGUUUACCAACCACAAAGAAGAAAAAAAAAAGCCGAAGAAGAGUCGUCUCCCGGUAGCCCGUCGCUAACUCGGUUUCCAUGGAGAUUGGUUUCAGUUUCCCGGAUGUUCCAGUUUCCUCUGUUCAACAUGGCGUCGGGAAAGUAAGACUUCGGCUAAUAUCACACAGUUUGCCCUGAAGUUAGUCCGCUCCCGCCCUUCUGAUUUUUGGAGAGUUUCCAAGUACGUCGCGGGGUCGGCAGAAAAAGUUUUCCUGGGACAUCCCUGGGAAAGAGGUCCAGGCUUAUUGCAUUAGAGGGGGGAAAAUCCUCUGUGGAAUGACUGAAGGAGCCAAGAUCAACAGAGCCCUGUCUGAUGCUCGACCACAGCUGCCAUCAUGUUUGCCAAAAAGAAGAAGUCUCGUAUCCAGAUCUCAGCUCCGUCCAACUUUGAGCACCGUGUGCACACGGACUUUGACGAGCAGGAGCAGAAGUUUGUCGGGCUGCCGCGGCAAUGGCAGUCACUCAUCGAAGACACGGCGCAGAGGCCCAAACCCUUUAUCGACGCGACCAUCAUCACUACUGUAGAACCGCGAAAGACCAUCGUACGCGGCAGCAGGAUGGGAACAGAGUCUCUAACAUGGCUGCUGGAUGAGUUCGACACCAUGUCCGUGACUCGCUCCAACUCCCUGCGGCGAGGGAGUCCUCCAACACACCCUCGCAGGGACUCGAGCUCUUCAGGAGGAGGUGGAGGGCAGGAGAACGGAGAUCCUCAACACAGACACUACUCAGACAGACAAGACAGAGACCGACUCAGACAAGACCAGCAGAGCGGAGGUGACCCCGGCCACCAAGGUCAGCGCGGAGUCCGUCCUCCUCAGACAGAUGAGGUGAUCCAGGGCCGCCCCCAACAGCAGCCCCGGGGUCAAGAGCCCAACAGAGCCCAGAGGGACAGACAAGGCCCCCCUCCUCCCCCUCACAGAGACAGACGGCCUCGGGACAGAGACCAGGAUCAUGGGGCUCAGCGGGAUCAGCCUGGUGACCACAGGCCAAAGUCCAGCUAUGUGGCACGGGACAGCAGUCCUCAGUCUCCCAGAGACAAGAGGCCUCUCUCAGGACCCAACAUACGCACCCCAAAUCUGCCAAUGUCUGAGGGAGUGAUGAAAACUGCUCAACAAGCCACUCGGCCGUUUAACACAUACCCGCGGACAGAGAGCGAUGGCGGGCGCAGCCCCACUGGACAGGUGGGUCGACACCAUGAGUCCUCACCUCAGAACGGCCCCUCUAGCGGCUCCGUCCGAGGUUCCUCUGGCUCCAAACCCCCUAUAAGCCACCCACACCCUCAUCACUCUUCGCACCCCAUCCUGGCCCCCGAGUCCUCCCAGCUCCCGCACACCCCUCACCCCAACGUUCCAGCCCCACGACCCCCUGUACCCUCUGGGCCCGCUGCAUCGGGUGCUCCUCCUCAGGGCCGCUCACCACAGAGGGAACCCCAGAGAGUUUCCCAUGAGCAGUUCAGGGCGGCACUGCAGAUGGUGGUCGAUCCGGGCGAUCCGCGGACCUACUUGGAUCACUACAUUAAGAUCGGUGAGGGCUCCACAGGGAUUGUGUGUAUCGCUACGAUGAAAACCACAGGAAAACUGGUCGCCGUGAAGAAGAUGGACCUGAGGAAACAACAGCGCAGAGAACUCCUCUUCAACGAGGUGGUGAUCAUGCGGGACUAUCACCAUGAGAACGUGGUGGAGAUGUAUAACAGCUACCUGGUGGGGGAUGAGCUCUGGGUCGUCAUGGAGUUCAUGGAGGGAGGAGCGCUCACUGACAUCGUGACACACACAAGGAUGAAUGAGGAGCAGAUCGCCACAGUGUGUCUGUCCGUCCUGAAGGCGUUGUCUGUCCUUCACACACAGGGUGUGAUCCAUAGAGACAUAAAGAGCGACUCCAUCCUCCUCACUCAUGACGGACGGGUGAAGCUGUCCGACUUUGGUUUCUGUGCACAGGUGUCUAAGGAAGUUCAGAGAAGGAAGUCUCUGGUUGGAACUCCAUACUGGAUGGCACCAGAGCUCAUAUCCAGAUUACCUUACGGACCAGAGGUGGAUAUCUGGUCUCUGGGUAUCAUGGUCAUAGAGAUGGUGGAUGGGGAGCCACCGUACUUCAAUGAGCCGCCACUCAAAGCCAUGAAAAUGAUUCGAGACAACCUGCCACCCAAACUGAAGAAUCUGCACAAGGUCUCCCCUCUGCUCAAAAGCUUCCUGGACCGGAUGUUAGUGCGAGACCCGGCUCAGAGGGCCACCGCCAGCGAGCUUCUCAAGCACCCGUUCCUGUCGAAGGGGGGGCCGCCGUCCUGCAUCGUGCCUUUGAUGCGGCAGAACAGGAUGAAGUGAGAUAAUACGCGCCACUAAGACGCCUGGACUCUGGAGAUGGUGUUACAGGAUACUCCUGCACACACAGGAGUGACCCUCAGAGGUCACAGACAGGAGACGUGAAAACAGGGUGUGCAGGAGUAUCCUCUGUGAGUCACUGAACUGCGAGAGUGAAUUCCAUAAAACAAACAGAGGCAAUAAGGUGGAGUGUGUGUGUUUGUGUGUUUCAUACAUGUGUGUGUGAGCAGCAGAGGAGCCUCCUGUAAACACUUUUACCUGAAGAGCCUCAAUUGGAAAGAUUAAGAACUGUGGAUCUUUUUUUCCUCCUAUCUGUGGCCCUUACCUGGAUUCGAGGUGUGAAGGUGAGGUUUUGCACACCAGUCUGAUGCUUUGAAGGAGCCGAGAGCCCAUUGGCUGAUUUUUAACAUCACUAUUGGACAAUCUGUAAGCCGAUUUUCUUUCUUUCGUUUUUUUUUUUCCUGCAUUCGGAGACUGUCCUCAUCACAGCCAGAACUUACUACUGAGAGAGGAAAUCUUGUGGCUCCGACUUUAUUCUGUAGCCUUAAAAACACUAAUUUCCUGUCGUAAACAAGCAAACGUACACUAAGUGAAAAAGUAAACACUGGAGUCGUGGUUUCAGAUGAAUUUUCUUCUUCUUUUUCUCCUGAAGUACAAUGAACAUAGAGAGCUAUAUCACUUGUGAUGUUAUACUAUCUGUUUUGUGAUUGUUUUAUUGUUGUUGUAAAGUGUUUCCUGGUUUAUUUUAGAGUGAGAUGUGGUGAUUUUUUUUCUUAAGCACUGUUGAUGAGAGAUAGAAGCUGCACUCCCAGUUUGAUUUUGUUUUGUAGAGAAAGACCACAUACAGCACACACAGCCCCUUAAACCUGGGUCUGAGUGUCUGAGUCACCCCCUGGGUUUGGUUGAUUUUCACUCGUGUUUUUAGAACAGUAGGGUUUAAACACUCAACGCUCACUCGACAAACUAGAAAACGAGCCUGACUUGCUGCUCGUUGGCCCGUCACUGAGCUGUUUUUAUUCUGUGGUCCUUUCAUGUCUUUGUCCAAAGUUUCCAGCUGCUGACAUUGUUCCUCUGCUCGUUUCGUGUUUGAUUGCCACUUUGAGUCCACUCUGAAAUAAGAUAAUACCAGGUCUCUGUCACGCAGAGGCUUUUAUUUAUAGGACGAUGUUAACACUACUCCACCUCACAAACAGAAGUGUCAGCCAUGAUUAAGAAAAGCAGCUUCGUUGUCGAUGAGCUGUGCUGCUCACGCUCCAGCGGAGAGUGUGUCUGUUGGAGAUGUAACACUCGUGUGAAAAUCUGCUUCCAGCUGCUAAUAAUGUAGAGAUGUUUAAAAACUAAAGGAAGCACGAGACCUGAGGCACAGAUCUACCCUUUAAGGGACAGGUUACCAAAAUCAGGCUUGUUCAUUUUUCCUCUGGACUGUUUUGCUACUUAUGCAUCUGGAUCAUUUUGGUGCGAGUUGUACUGUUUUGGAGAUAUCAGCCUUUGCUUUAAUAUAAUUCAACUAAAUGGUUAUUAAAGUGCUGCAGAGCUUGCCAUCAUUUUACCCGGUUACUCAAACGAACAGUUUGUUUCAUGGGGGAACUGUUUUUUUUCCAGUGAAUAGAAGCAUGUGGCCUGCUAUCGUUACAGCUCAGCCGAGAGGGAGGACAUUAAUGUUGUGGUGCAGCGUCUGUUUAUUCAGCUCUUUGGCUGCACAGAGAGAGGAACUGUGCAAAUUCAACCAGCACACAUGCUUUGGAGUGUUUGCGGCCCUCUAAAAAGCCAACGGGGUUGGGUCAGAUGCUGAUUGGUUGAUAAUCUGACACAGCAAGAGAAGAGAACAGCAAUAAAGUUCCUCGCAAAGAGGAAGAAAUGCAACCAAAAGAAACUGACGAAAGUGGAAAGUUUUCAUUCUUUUUAACACUCGGUUUAGCGACAGAGAAGAAAGAGAGAGGGUGUGUAUUUUGACUUCUGUCACCUAAAAACAGUCAGCUGCUGGAGCAACAACAGCACAGAGUUUACCAUAUUUUUUGGCACCACUCCCUGGUAACAGUACAAGUUUCAAUAUGUAAAUGUGGACCUGCAAGCUCUGCUGGUGCACGACCAUUAGCCUCUCGACACGGGCCGCUUACGCUUCCUCCUGGAGAAUGAUACGCUUUCAGAUGUGGUUUGGUUGAGAGAAAAUAGUUCCUGCAUGAAAAUUCUUGGUUUUUGUAUAAGGGCACUUUUGUUGAGCUUAUUGUGCUUUCAGGACUAUUUAGUUCCACAAUUUUCUAAAUCCAUGUUCUCCAAACCUGCACAACUCGCACCAAAACAAUCUAAAUGGGUAAAGAGCUCUGAUGGGUAGAAGAAGAAUAUGGAAAUGUGAUUUUUUUUUUUUUCGGCCUGCCCUUCCUCUUUUAAUUUUCUUGCAGCUCAUAGAAAUCAUAACCGUUACCAAAUGAUGACGACUCAAGUCCCAAAUUCCUCCUUAGGCGGCUGAAAUCGACUGACAGUAUCACAGUUUGGUAAAAAUAAACUAAAACCUAAAUAUGAAAAAAAAAUCGAGAUCUCUUUAGUUUCAGUGAAAUAUCAAAGUAACCCGAGGAUUGGGCUGUCUACACAACCACAUUACAGCAAACUGAAACAGGAAGACCACUCAGGAAACUGAUUUUAAAUGAAGAAUUUUUAAAUAAAUAAAGAUAUAAACUAAUAAAUGAAAACUACUUAUAAUAGUUCAGUUUGAUUUAUUUUUUGGGGGGGGGGGGUAUGCUUCUGCCCUGGCAAUCCUAAGAUCAGUAAACAGAAGUCAUUCCAUGAAAACUUCCGUUCUUCCCGCCUGACCUGCUCAGAAUCAGCUGAUUUUUCUUCAUGUACAAUAACUUUAGUAUAUUUCAUGAAGCCGUGCAUAAUUUUGCCUUCAUGCUGUGAAAGCUUUUUUCGUCGCAGACCAUCAAGAGUACAAAACUUUGCACUUUUAAUGAAGAGCAAGCCUCUGUUAGGGGCUGUAACUCUGAAAGUAUGAAGGUAAAAUGUUGCACAGCUUCAUUCCAUAAACUGAAGUUGGUGUAAAAAAAAGCAGUCAGCUGAUUCUGAGGGGGUCAGGCUGACAUUUUCAGACUUAACUACCCAUCUGAGAUCUGUGCAGUGUGUGACUGUGAGCAGUCGUUCUUAGAACGAUGGAAGGAAAGCUGCUUCUGCUGUGUUCCAGCGCCCUGCAGGGAGACGGAGAUAAACAACCUGCAGACGCAUUCCUAUCUCGGCCUGUUUCCAUUCCUUCUUUGUCUUCCAGUUCAGCCUCCACAUCCGACCAGAACUCGGUCAGGUGGCUUUUUAUAAACUGCCAACCCAGAAUACUUCCAAUUGAUGGACACAGGGAAACAUGUAGCACACUUACAGGUGCCUUCUGCUUUUUGGAAACACUCCUGGAGGUGUAUGAUUGGGUGGCCUUUAGCACAUUUACUGUACUUGACAUAAAUGUAUUGUUAACCAUGCUGACGCAGCAGCUGUCUAACUGACAUAUUUGAAGCUUUGUACAAAGAGCAGCAGCACAGAGUAGAAGCACGUCGAAGCAGGAAGUAGGUUUUAGUUCAAGCUCAUUGUUUCCUAACAUUGUUUAUCAUUUCUGCAAAGCACAGCUAGCUGCGGUUUGAAGAUGGUUAAAAUGACACCCUCUUUUCCAGCUGCGCAGGACUGCUGGAGUAUUUUGCAAGUCCAAAAUAACACAGGGUGCAGUUCAUCCUCCAUCUGAGAAGAGCUGUUUUAGCUCCACCCCCUGUAACCCAACUAACUUCUGAUUAAGAAUAAUUUUUUAACCAAUCAUUUCAUUCACUAUCCAGCUCAGUGUUCGAGGCUGUCCCACUUUAAUAGGGUGAGAAACAGGGAACAGAUGUGACAGUUUGGAUGACUAUUUGACUGCUCAGUGAAAAAAUAGUUUUAAAUUAUUCACGCCUUCCCUUUUUUUUAGCGAUAGACUGUAUAUAAAAGAUGUCUGACUGUGCAUAAACUGGAUAAUCGGCAUCUGACUCUAAAAAUGAAAUCUUUACAAAAAAGACCUCUAUACAGAGUAGCUGCCCCCUUUUGGACAUUUAGAAGAACGCAGGUGUAAAGCUUUGUUUUUGACACUGGAUUGCUUCUGUGGUUUUUAUCAGAUGUGACAUCAGUGAGCCUUUAUUCUGUUUGCCAAUAACAACAAUAAAAGAAGACAACCUGCUCCUGGUGUCCAGGCGGCAGACCAGUAGAGCCUCCGCACUGAUGCUGACGUGUCCAACUCCUUAAUGAGGUCCUCUAAUCUUUAACAAACCCCAGCUUUAAAAAAAACAAACAAAAACAACAGCUUAUACAACCCUGGUGAUUUUCCUUUGGUUGGAGGCCAAAACGUGUUUGGAAGCAGCUGCUCGAUAUUUGAAACUUUGGCCUUGUUUUCAGGGAUUUUUCCAGUCUUAAAACGAGCGUUUACGCACGUGAGAACAUGUCAGCAGGGUCUGCGUUACCUUCACUGGUAGAAAUGUGUGAUUUCAGCUUACUUAAGACCAUUUCAUAAACAAAAACCGUACGCCUGUGUUAAUGAUACCCUGGUUUUCUUUGGCACAGGCUAAAACCUGGAAUUUCUGCAGGUUUAACAUCCACUGCCCUGACAGCACAGAUGUGGUAGUAUAUAAGGAAAGCAGAACCGACCCUGCUUUCAUGAUGCAGGCUGAAGGAUUUCUCAGUGAGAGCAGCAUCACCCCGCACAGUUUCACGGUUUUUCUUCUGUGGUUACAUUGAAGAUGCAGACUCCGUUAGGCGGCACCUUAACCUCGGGGAAAAGCUUUCUUUCAGCCGCUUUAACCUCUGAUCAUAUAAUAAUGUGUUGAAUUUUUAGCUUCAGGCGCUCAGCACUGAUGUGCCCAUGCCUUCCUGCAGUUUUUCAUAAAAGUGGAGGCGGAAAAAGAAUAAUUUCCACCCCAUGAAAACGUGCGUUACGAUAUUUUCCAUGCCCGGGUUUCAAUCUGCAUGUUUUUGUGCCACCACAGGAUGAACGUAGGUUAAUUGUAAACCUCGUCCCUGCCGCUCUUUUUUUUUUUUUCCUUCCUCUUCAGAAGCAUCCGCUCAGUUGAAACGUCUCGCAGGCGUUUUGUACUUUGUCUUCUUGGCAGCUUCCCAGGCUGUAAAUUAUCAUCUGGAUGUUCUGUGGUGAAAAGUGGAGCAGGCUGGUAAUGAGUCACCGAGCGCAAAAGAGGAAUGAAAUGCCGGACUGGAUGACAAUCUUUAUUUAGUGAUUGAAACACUCUGAACUUUGCUGUUCUCUGUUUUGUGUAUCGAUCCCAGAUCAGCCUCUAAAUUCAGCUUUAAACUGCACGUUUUCACACUGAUUAACACGAAGACUGGCCUCCUGCUAAUGCCGCUGAUUCUUGUUGGGUUUUUAUUGGCUGUGUUUCCUGCUGAACUUUGUUAAUCUGUUAUAAGUUGCUGGUUAAAAUGACUGGAUCAUACUGGGGGCACUGGAAAAGCAGAAUAAGAGUCCAACUCUUAAUUGUUUGUUUUGAAGCCACAUCAGCCCCAACAUUAAAACCACUUAAACCUCGUCCCUCAUCCUGGGCAGCUCUGGUCUGUCUGGGCAGGAGGCUUUUUUUUCAGAUAGCCAGUGGAAAUAGAACCUUUUAUACGAUUUAGAGUAGGACUGCAUGUCUGGCAGCAGUUCUUUGGGGUCUCUGUGGAUCAGGCACCGGGCCGGCUCAGCUUUUAACACAUCAGAAGGUCAUGGGUUUAAACCCUGGCUGUUUGCUUGCUCUUCCAAUGCCUCCUAGGGUUUCUCUGGAAGAACAGUGUAGGCUAUCAUCUUCCACAUAGAGACAGGGGAGGACAUCCAGGAGGCUUCCCCAGCAGGAGAGCCUCGUUCACCUGUUCAGCCAAAACCCAUGACCAAGCGUGGAUCCGCUGAACCACAAAAGCUGCACACGGUCGUAGCUUCUGCCCUCAUUUCUCCUUCUCCUUAACUCCUCCAGUCUGUUUUUCUGUGUAAAAUGUCUCACCUGCCUGUCCUCCACGCUUCAUCGUGCCUUUCACACACUUUCAUCAAUGAUAAAAAACUGAAAAACAAUAGCAGCAGUCAGAAUCGCUCUCGUUUCAUGGAUGAGUCGCUGCUCCACACGUGCACUCAUUCCAGCGAGUGCAGGAGGCGACAUCAGCAUCAAACUGUAUUGAAGAAGAUUAAAUGUAAAUAUUAAUUUAAAAAUAUUGAUUAAAUGAAUUGAUGCAAGAACAAGAUUCUCCCAACACUGAGAAACGUGUUUGUUUAACACAACCAAAAGAAAUUCUUCAGCUCAACAAGAAGUCUGUGUCCAGCUGUGAGAGACGGCAGCUGUCGGGGAGCGCUGCCAGGAGCAGAACGUGUUCAGGUCACCUGUGAGAGGUUUGAAUUUUGUGGCUCACUGACACCUUAACCUAGAUUUGCUUUAGUUCGUGCUUUCCGGUUUAAUCGGUCACUUCACUGCCCUCAAAACUGCGAUGCACAGAGAAACUGGCACGCACGAGACCAACGGCUUCAGUCUCGUAAUUUUUAACUUUGUUCUGCAAACGUUUCACGUGUUUUUCUUGCAGUAGAAACGUCUGGUUCGUGAGUCGAACAGAAACAUGUCCACGAUGAAGGUCUAAUAUGAAACAUUGCAAGUAAAUUAAAUAUGUUUUUGGAUGUUAGUGCGCAGGAGUCUGUUCAUAGCUGUUUUUAAGUUUUUCUUUCUGUUGUGUGUGGAGUUUUUGUUUUGUUUUUUUAAUUGUCCCAAACAGCGGCCCUGAUCCCGGGUCAGAUCGAGUCCCUUUUAGUCUGGUGACAGUUUUUUGUCAUGUUGUAAAGACGCUCUGUUUUUUGUAUCACCCCCGUUUGAUCAGCUGUCCUUUAUCAAUGUGAAUCUUGUUCAUCUGGUGUGCCAGAUGUUGCUUAAGUAGCCGUAACUACGUGUCCGUGGACCAGAUUGUACUGCUGUGUGUGCAGACACGUCGCAAUUUCAUGCCUUAACAUUUACAGCCACUACUUGACAGACAACUAACUGACUCUGACGCUUGGACCGCUGGUGAUGGGGGGAGAAAGACACUUCCAUGAUGCUUUAUCCUCUUCUCAUCUCACAUAUCUGAGGGGUCUUCAUCAUUUAAACAUGCUUAAAAUGACAGCUCUCACUGACAUUCCUCACAGACAUCUGAUUGAUUGAUGGGGCCAGGGAAGAGGUCCGGUCCAAAAGGAUUUUUUUUUCAGGAAGCAGGGCUGCUAACUUUCAAUUUUCCUACAGAUCUGUCAGAGGCGUCCUGUGGAUCAUUUUGUUAACAGAGUUCAGGGUUCAGUGCCUUUCUUUGAGGCAUCGUUUUUAAAAGUUUUCCUGCUUCUUGGGAAAACUCCUGCAGGACCUUCCUCUGGUUUCCACAGCGAACGAGUAACUGACUGGAAUACAACAAACGGCCUGUUCAGAUUUCCACUGACUUGUUGAAUAUCUGAUUUUGUUGAUGUGUUGUUUUGUCAGACAUGCGAGCGACUACCUGCACCGUUUUUGUAAAUGUCACUGGUGUUGUAAAAACAUAGAUUUUACUCUGCAAAUUUUACUUUUUUGCAAAUACAGUUUUUGUAAAAGA